GAGAGGAGAGGAAGGAGAGCAGACGACCAGCUGACGAUGCCGGAGGAGGCCACAGAAACCAAGGGCAGCGGAGGGGGAGGGGGUGACGAGGGGGGCACAGAGGGGGAAAGCAGCAGUGUUGGAGGAGGGGAGAUGGUACCCAGUGGAGGAGGAGGUGGAGGAGGGGGGGAGGUAGCAGUAGAGGGAGGGGGGGAGGGGGGUCAGCAGCAGGGGCGUCAACCCACAGCAGGGGAGUCCUUCUUGUCCAUCACCAAGUCCCUGGUCAUCCGCGCCAUCAUCAUCUACUUCAUCACCUCCUUCUUCAGGCGUCCCCAGCAGCCCACCACAGGCGCCGGGGACACUCCACUGGAAGGCACAGCAGCAGCGGGGGCCGGCAGGAUACCCGCCUCCAACCUCCUGAAGGACGGGGCGGCCCUGGACCUCUACGUCUUCAAGUCCGAGUCUGACACCUUCAGCGAGUUUGAGGACCCGUCGGCGCUGGUGUGGAUGAAGGAGGACCUGCUGUAUGGGGACUGGACCGGCGGACCAAGUGGUGACGGGACCUUCUCACACUCCAUGACCUUCCCUGCGUCCGAGCGGCUCCGAAACAACGGGUCGAUGUACGUCCACGUGUACAUCGUGCGCAGCGGCUUCUCCCCCGACCCAGAGGCAGGCGAGGCGAGGUACAGCCGCCGCCACACCCUGUACGCCACGCAGCGCCUCAACAAGUACAAGCGCCGCCGCUUCAAGAAGACCACCAACCUCAUCACCGGGGAGACCUCGGCCACACCAGAGGAAGUCUUGAAAGCGGAGAGCCUGAAGGAGGAGAUCACGUCACACUGGCACCCCAACCUGACCAUCAACCUGGUGCACGACUUCACCCAGUGGUCGCGUGGGGCUGUGCCUCCGCCCCUCGACGAGUUUGUGGAGUUCACGCCGGCGGGGGACAGGUACAAGCCCAUUACCUUCCUCAACACGUACUGGAACCUGGUGAAGGACUACCAACCCAUCAACUCGUCCACCACCUCCCUCACACUCUCCAUCACCUACCAGCCACUCUCGCUCUUCAAGUGGCAACUCUACGCCGCCCAGGCCAUGAAGAACAGGUGGCCCGGGACGGCUCUCCUGGAGGGCCUGGGCGGGGAGGAGGAUGAGGAGGAGCAGGACACCAUCAAGGAGGCCUUCCUGGAGACCUCCCCCUACCUGCUGGGGCUCACCAUCCUCGUCUCCCUCCUGCACUCCGUCUUUGAGUUCCUCGCCUUCAAGAACGAUAUCCAGUUUUGGAACAACCGGGAGAGCCUGGAGGGCCUGUCGGUGCGGUCGGUGUUCUUCAAUGUGUUCCAGUCAGUGAUCGUGCUGCUCUAUGUGCUGGACAACGAGACAAACUUCGUCAUCAAGGUGUCCUGCUUUGUGGGCCUGGGCAUUGAGGUCUGGAAGAUUACAAAGGUGACCGAUGUAUCCCUGGACAGAGAGCGUCGCAUCUUUGGCUUCCCGACGAUCCGCUUCACCGACAAGAGUACCUACGUCCACUCCAUGACCCGGCAGUACGACCAGCUGGCCUUCCGCUACCUCUCCUUGGCCCUGUUCCCGCUGCUGGGGGGCUACUGCGUCUACUCCCUGGUCUACAACGAACACAAGGGAUGGUACUCCUUCGUGCUCUCCAUGCUGUACGGCUUCCUGCUGACGUUCGGCUUCAUCAUGAUGACGCCGCAGCUCUUCAUCAACUACAAGCUUAAGUCUGUGGCUCACCUGCCCUGGCGGAUGCUCACCUACAAGGCCCUCAACACCUUCAUCGACGACAUCUUCGCCUUCGUCAUCAAGAUGCCCACCAUGUACCGCCUCGGCUGCCUCAGGGACGACGUCAUCUUCUUCAUCUUCCUCUACCAGCGCUACAUCUACCGCGUGGACCCCUCAAGAGUGAACGAGUUUGGCUUCUCCCAAGACAUGGAGACGAAGGCCAAGGAGAAAAAGCUGCAGGUGGCCAAUGGGACGUCUGCGGGCGAGGGUCCAGCGGAGAAGAGCUUAGAGGAGAAGAAGACCGACUGAGGAGGAGACGAAGGAGGAGGAUGGUGAUGAGAGUAGUAGUUUUUAUUGUUGUGUGUAAUUUUUGGACCGGGGAAACUGAUGCCAUUAUUUUAAGUUACUUUUUGAAGAUUUGUCACUUAAGUCUUUGUCUCUUCUCUGGUGGAAUUUGUGAAGAUGUAAUUUUUUGUUUGUCGUGUGUUUUUUUUGUAAUUUUUAACCUUUUUUUAUUUUCUCUGCUUUAUCUUGCACCUUGUUUGUGCGUGUGUGUGUGUGUGUGUGUGUACAAAUCUCUCCUCACUAUGUCAUGUUCUCACUUCAAAACAAAAUACAAGUGUCUUUAUUUUUAAGGGUCGACAGUAACUUGGCUUCAGUAUUCCACGAGCGCAUGUACGCGGCGGGAUGUAUAUGUAUGUGUAUGUAUGUACGUUUACCUAUUAAAACAUUAUGGCACA